AUGAUCACGGCGGAGGCCGCAUCAGAGUCCACUGUCCCUGCGGUGCCCGGUGAUACGACAGCCACUGGAGUCCCAGAGCGCGAGGAGCUGGUGUGGCCCUGGAAAGAUGCUCCGAUCCGGGCGCUGGUGCAGCGCAUCCAUCAGCUGCAAGCUGAGCGCGCGCAGGCCUUCCGCCGGCUGGAGGAAGGCCACCGCCAGUACCUGAGCAGCGGCCCGCCCUACGACUUCCCGCGCUACCGGAGCACCGUACACGAGGUGACCCAGGCCUUCGCCGCCGCCUCGAGAGAGGUGCUGGCGGUGGAGGCCGAGCUAGCCGGACCCCGAGCGCAGCCGCUGCUCGCGAGUCACGUGCGCAGCCUGCAGCAGCUGGAGGAGACGCGACUGACCACGGUGGCCCUGCUGCAGUUGAUGGAGACACCAGAGCUGACUGGGCAGGACGACAGCCUGCAGAUGCACCAGCUGAAGAUGAAGGUAAUUAAAACCAUGGAAGCGAUCAGUGAGGUUCUCCAGGACCUCAGGUUUGAUGCGGAAUCUGCCGAGUGA